AUGAUCGAUUUCCAGAAUAGAGUCGGCCAUAAAACUGGUAGUGGUGCUCCCGCCAGCGCAGCUGAUAUCGCAAAUGAACGCAGAGAACGGCUCAAGCGUUUAGCUUUAGAAACUUUCGACAUUAGUAAAGACCCUUAUUUCCUCAAAAAUCAUGCGGGUCAGGUAGAAUGCAAAUUAUGUCUCACCGUUCAUGCCACUGAAGCAUCAUAUCUGAGUCACACCCAGGGAAGAAAGCAUCAGACCAAUCUAGCUCGUAGGGCUGCUAAGGAAAAGUUGACUCAAAAUGUAUUGCCACAACCAAAAACUGUAGCCCAUAAAAGAGGGAUUAAAAUCGGAAGGCCUGGAUAUCGAGUGACAAAAAUGAGAGAUCCGGAAACAGGACAAAAUGCUCUUUUAUUCGAAAUAGAAUAUACGGAGAUAGAUGGGAGGCCGAAGCAUAGAUUCAUGUCAGCCUUUGAGCAAAAGGUUGAAUUGACACCUGAUAGUAGGUAUCAAUUUGUUUUAUUCGCCGCCAAACCAUAUGAGACUAUAGCUUUUAAAGUUCCAAAUUUGGAAAUUGAAACUGGAAAAAAGAAAUUGUACUCGCAUUGGGAUGAUAAUAGGAAAAUUUAUAUUUUGCAAAUUCACUUUAAAAACACUAGAACGGUAAAACCAUUGCCUGCUUUGCCCCAAAAACCUGGUACAUUUUUACCUAUAGGGGCUAGGUGGUGA